UGAUUUUGAUCUUUUCAACCAAUUUUGUGUUUACUAAACCGUGGUAGGUAUAAUAUUUAGCACCCUGUAAGGCUGUAAUAUUUUGGCCUCGGAGGUGGUCCAUGCUGUAUGCGAUAGGGACAUACAGUACUGGUCCUUAAAUGCGAUGGGAUCUAACAGUUCAUUUAUUUACAAGUCUCUUAUCCAUCUACCAAGCAAGUAAUUUUUUUUUAGAAAGACUAAAAAAGGACAAAGUUAGAAAGAAAGACACCAGGGGCAUGGGGUUGUUUAGCAGCAGAAAAGCUCAUUCUGGUUUCUCCGGUUCGAACACAGCUGAAGAAGUAACUCGUGGAAUCGAUGCAACCGCUCUUACCGCCAUUAUCACCGGUGCAUCAAGUGGUAUUGGUUCUGAGACUGAACGUAUUCUUGCAUUACGUGGAGUUCAUGUUGUAAUCGCAGUUAGGAAUAUGAGUAAGGGCCAAGCUGUCAAAGAAGCAAUAAUGAAAGAAAACUCUAAUGCCAAAGUUGAUGUCAUGGAGAUAAAUCUUAGCUCCAUGGCUUCGGUUAGAAAAUUUGCCUCCGAGUUCAAGUCUUUGAAUCUUCCCCUAAACAUUCUCAUUAAUAAUGCAGGUGUUGCAACCUAUUUUAAGCUGUCCCAAGACAAUAUUGAAAUGAUGUUUGCAACAAAUCAUCUAGGUCAUUUUCUAUUGACAAAUCUUCUGUUAGAAACCAUGAAAAGUACGGCAGAUCAAAGUAACAUAGAAGGAAGAAUCAUCAAUGUUUCAUCUAACGCUCACAAGUAUUCGUACAAUGGGGGGAUUCUGUUCGAUAAUAUCAGCGAUGAAUCAAGGUUCAAUAUCAUGUGGGCAUACGCACAAUCGAAACUUGCAAAUGUAUUGCAUGCUAAUGAGCUCGCAAGACGCCUCAAGGAAGAAGGGGUGCUAAUAACAUCAAAUUCACUUACUCCUGGAGCUGUUGAGACCAAUAUUUUCCGGGAUACCAUUUUAAGUGGUAUUGCUACAUCUCUUGGAAAAUAUUUCUUGAAAACUGUGCAGCAGGGGGCAUCCACAACUUGUUAUGUUGCUCUACACCCGAAUGUCAAAGGCGUAAAUGGUGAGUAUUUUAGGAACAACAAUAUUUCAGAAUCGAACUCUAAAGCUCAAGAUACAGAAUUAUCCAAGAAACUAUGGGAUUUCAGCAUUAAGUUAUGCGAAAAUAAUGGCAAUGCUUAAAUAUCUAGUGAGCCUGCAUUGUACUCAACGUGCAAUUCAAUUUGCAAGACAGUACUACAAUAAUUCAAUUUGCAUUGUAC